AUGUCUGGAUACUAUCCUCCGAAUCACAACAUACCGCCUCAGUACUACAAUGUUAAUCCAAACGCGGUCCCAAAUCCCAACUUGGGGAAUGUCCCGCCAACGAUGACGCCAGACGGCUCUUACCCUUACGCCGCUCACGGCCUCCCAGAAAGCCCGGUGUACCAUGGAAUUCCCGGACCGUUCGUGCAGUACGGAGAACCGCAAAUGCAGCAGACCUACAUGAGCCAGUAUGAGGAUCUCUCCGGUUCCAUGGAUCCCGCGCAGGGUGGAAAUGCGCGCAUGAGACGUCGAACCGCUCCCGGCGACCAAGUGAAGCACCGAAGAACCCGCAGCGGAUGCUAUACUUGCAGGCAACGAAGAGUAAAGUGUGAUGAAGCGCAUCCAAUAUGCGAGAGAUGCCGGAAGGGGAACCGUGAGUGUGUCUAUCCAGACCUCUCAUCUAACCAAAAGACCGGUCGGAGCGGGUCCAAGUCUGGAAAGUCGUCCUCUGCGGACGAGGGCUCCUCUCCAGAGCAGCAAGAUGAAGAUGCGAAGGAACGGCUACCCGCAAUUCUCGACGAUGAAGAAGAGGACCUAGAGUCGGAUUCGGCGCAGCCGGGAAAGGGUCGGGACGCACGAGAAGCCUCCUCUGACACCCCAGCCUUAACCCUCGAUCGCAGCCCUUCGCCGUCCACGGAGACUUCUUCCACAACGACCGCUCCAGCUCCACGACCGCCGGUGUCACGAAAAGGAAGUUAUCAGAGCGCAAAGGUGGCAUCAUCCGGCAGGCCGGCUCCCAUACUGGCCAAGGACGUACAGUUUUAUCUCGACUACUUCAGGAACCAUAUGUCCCAUCACCAUUAUUCGUUGAAGCGCGAUGCCGGCAACUUCCUCAAGACCGACUUUCUGCAGCAAACGAUGAAAUACGAACCUUUACGGUACGCGGUCGUGGGCUACGCUGCUUACUUCCACACGCUUUCGCAACCAGGUGGUCAUAUCAACACCUUCCUGCAGUACUACAACGAAUCCGUCUCUCGCCUCCGCCUCUCCAUCACCAAGAACAAGAAGCAGGGCCUCGCAACUUUUCUGACCAUUCUGCAGCUUGCAGCCAUCGAGGAGGUACUCGGCGACUGGGUCAACCUCAUGGGGCACCAAAAGGCCGCCUACGAAAUGUUGACGCGGCUGUACACUCCACAGACGAUCGUCCAGUCCGAUUUUCUCCUGAAGGUUCUCCUGUGGUACAUUCGAUUCGAUCUCUUCGUUGGCUUCCAGUCCGGCGGAGAAGCUGUGCUUGACCGGGAGUGGUAUGUUGCGGUGCAUGAUUAUUACUCGCAGAAGUGCCGCGACAACCCCGACGACCUGACGCUGAAAUACGAGGAACGAUUUGCGCACUCUCGGCUUGUGGCCAAAGAUUCAAGCGACCUAUUUUCGCGCAAGGCGAAAGGUCUGAUCAGCGACGAAGCUUUCAUGGAACAACUACCAAAGUUGGACGAGAGGGUGAGGAGCUUGGACAAGAACAUCGACCCGGCACUCCUCGAAUCCCAGGACAAGAUCGAGAGCAUUCUCGGCUCACCCGAUCCUGAUGACAUCGUUAAUCCAUAUGAACCUGGUAUCCUCUGGGAAGGGCCGCGCUGGACCUCCAACUACCUUCUCCUCGACAUGUAUGGCAUCAUGCUCAUGUACAACAUCUCGAUUUCUAUGGCUAUGCGGAAACCUUUCGAUCCAGAAAUCGUUCAGAAAGCCUAUCGUGCAGUGCAGGUUUUCGAAGCGGUGUGCGCAUAUCCCAAUGCACCUCCCGGAGCAAUCAUCGAAGCGCAAGCGACCUGCGCAAUUGCGACAAUCUUCUUACCAAAGGACGCAAAGACGGUAAACUGGUGCCGCCGGAAUUUUGUUAAGAUAGAAUCAGCGGGAUACAUCUACUCCGAUGUCCUUCGGAACAGAAUGCUCGAAUCGUACGGGGUCGGUCCGUCGGAUUGGUGGUUACCCAACGAUGAGGGGUGCCCUCCUAUCAUCCGCUCUAUCAAGAAUUUCAUCCGGGACCGAACGACGGCACCAAAGGACCAGGUCUCCGAGGACCUGCGGGAGAUGAGGGGCAUCUUCAGCACGCUCAUCAUAUCAGAUUCCCCGCCGGAAGGCAGUCACACGCCUAUCGAGGGCACCGUAGGCGGCGCACCAACCCAUGUAGAUGAGACGCUCAUUUACACAGGCGGGUCUCCUGACUAUGAUUGGAAAUACUCUAGCGCAGAGGCGUACGGAUCAGGACCAUACUCCUCACAGUGA